GUAUUUAUACCUAAAAUUAUGGCCUAACCCUAACCUAGUACACAUAUUACAUUCCGAUGUCCGCCAUCUUGGUUCGCAUACUUCGGGAGCCCCUUGUGAACUUCUUUUGCCAUUGAGAUUAUAAUACGGGGUGCCCAAAAAGUUCCGCCCGAUUUCAUAGCAUUACCAAUUGCAAAUUUGAAUAAAUUUGGUUGUAUGAUAAAUAGGGACUACAACAUUUAACAUAUAUAACAUCCAAUUAGAAACAGGUUGACUAUAAAUAUUUUUUUAAAUUAAAAAAAAUAGCAUUUGAUUAUAAAGACUUUAUAAUCGGGCGAAACUUUUUGGACACCCUGUACAUUGUAUAUAUUUCAUAUUUUGCCUAUUUUUGAUUGUUAGAGGUUUAGAUGUCUUGCUGAAACUAACACGAAAGUAUUUUUAUAAAUUAUAUUGAACUCGGGGUUGUGUGGAGAAGUUUAUCUUUGCUGAGAUGAUGAUACACUGCAUAAAUACAUUCAUGUUAGUUUGCAGCAAGAAAUUUAUUAAAUCACAUAGAAUUUUCAUAUUUACUAUUCCUGCAGCAUUCUUGUAUCAUUGCCAUACGGGUCUACCAGCAUGGAAAUAUCGAGGAAUAACAUAGAAUUGGUAUCAAUUUAGUUAAGUUGUUUAGCAGGUAAUGGUACAUAAUGCACCCACCAACAUGAUUCCCUGUAGUUUCAGUAACUCCCGGAAUUCAGUUGUAAUUUUGCUCAGAAAUCUGUCUCUAUUGAUGAUUCUGCUUUACUUUUGAGUGAGUUUGCGUGGCCUAGCUUUUCUUCAAGCAAAUGUAAAAAAAAUGCCAUAAAAUAAAGAUUUAAUAAUGCAAACACUCACCGCUAUAUUACAUUAUACGAGUGCAUUUUGUCCCACCAAUUUUACAAGACUUUUUUUCAAUUUGUAUGCUGUUUAUUUGUAUCAAAAUUUUUUAUAAAAUUCAUUGAUUUCCAGGCAUAGACAUAGAUAUAAAAUGACUUCACUCAGCCGGGAGGAAUACUUGAAGAAAUAUCUUGCCCCUGUUGAAAGUGGCGACUAUAAGAAACGGAAAAAGAAAAAAGGGGGAAAAGUCAGACAAGGAAGGGGUAUGAAAAUAGUCGAUGACGAUGUUUCAUGGAAAAAUAUCGGACCAAAAGAUGAGGAGGGGGAUUUCCCUGAUGCUUUACUGACACAGGAAGAGAAACCUCAAGUUGAAGUUAUCGACAACAGAACAAAAUCUGAGAAGGAACUUGAUGCGUAUAGGAAGAGCAGUAAAUGGAAAACGUUGAAGGAAGACAGCGAUGAAAAUAAGAUUGUGAUAGAAGAUUCUAGUAGUGAUUUUGAUGACAUCCCUCGGAAAAAGCAAUCAAAUAAUUCCAGACACGAUUCGGACAGCGAUAUAGAAAUCCCGAGGAAAUCAGAGGCUAAAUCACGAAAAAGGCAUGACUCUACUAGUGGCGACGAUACAGCCCCACCAAGGGGAUCUAAAAUUUCUAAAAGGACUAAACAUAAUGAUUCCGAUAGUGACUUGGACAUAAGGACUAAAAAGCAUGACAGAGCAGAAAAUACUUUUAGAAGAAAACAUGACUCAUCAUAUUUAACUGACUCUAGAUCAGGAAAACAUUCACACAAAGGUCAUAGGUCAAGGCACGAUUCUGAUUUAGAAAUUCGAAGAUCGAGUUCUAAAUCAAAUAGAAAUACAGAUAGAAAUGGACAAAACAGUAAUUCUAACAAUCAAAGGUCACGUCAUGAUUCCGACUCUGAUUUAGACGUAAAAAGAUCUAAAUCAUCACAAAAAAGAGACUCCAAUCACCGCCGGUCUCGACAUGAAAGUGACUCAGAUUUGGAAAUUCCACGUUCUAAGACUCAAAAACGUAAUAAUCACAGUCCAUCAUCUAGAAAAUCUAAUCAAAAAAACAAAUCUGGGAAUAGCAGGCAUGAUUCUUCUUCAGAUUCGGAUUUAAAUAUCCCAAGGUCAAAACAGUCAAUCUUAAGGUCAAAUGAAGGUCGUAAACAGGUCAAAAGAAAUGACUCUGACUCUGAUAUGGAUUUGCCUCGUCCUAGGAAAUCACGUAAUGACUCAGAUUCUGAUUUAGAAAUUCCUCGGCAAAAAGAUAAAGGUGCUUCUGACAGCCAGAAAAAAAGAGCACAAAUGUCAAGCGGUGGGACUGGAGGGCUGACGAGUCGCCAUGAAUUGAAAAAAGAAAUUGAAGAACGAAGAAAAAAGGAUUCUGAUAUUGAUAAGCUUGCAAGAGACACUAGAACUAAUGCGACUGUUUAUCGUGAAAAGGGAGGAAAGAAGAGGGAUUUGACGAAAGAAAGAAAAGAACAGGAAGAGGAUGAAAAAGAAAAGCAGAAAAGGAUGGAUAAAUAUGAUAAAUGGGGGAAAGGUAUGAAACAAGAUGAAAUGAAGAAUUACGCACUGGAGGAUUUAUUACACGAGUCCAACAAACCACUUGCAAGAUAUCGAGAUGACGCAGACUUAGAUGCUUUACAACGUUCCCAAGUACGAGACGGGGAUCCAAUGGCUGCAUACAUGGCUAAAAAGAAGAAUAAAGAAAUGGGGGAUAAACCGAGUUUACCUAAGUACAGAGGACCAGCUCCUCCACCAAACCGAUAUAAUAUUCAGCCGGGAUACAGAUGGGACGGUGUGGACAGGUCGAGUGGAUUUGAGAAGAAAUACUACAUGAACCAAUCAGAAAGAAGUGCACAUAAGCAGGAAGCUUAUAUGUGGAGUGUGGAGGAUAUGUGAUGUGAACACAUAUAUGUGUGGUUUUGUUAAGUGGGGGAUAUUUGUUUUGUGAACACAUAUGGACUUAAUGUGAAGAUAUGGGGUGGAGUGUGGAGAAUAUGUGAUGUGAACACAUUAUGUGUGGUUUUGUGAAGUUGGAGAUUUCGGUUGUGUGAACACAUGGACUUAAAGUGAAGAUAUGUGAACACUUAUGUACUAAGAAAAUAUAUAUUGUGACACGAGAGCACAUAAUAUGUGAACUCUAGUAGAGGAUAUGUGAUAUGAACACACAUGUUAACUUACAUGGCUUGUUAAAAACAAGUUAUGUGAAAUCAUAUGCAAUGUAAAUGUGCAUGUAUUUUAGUGUUUACGGAUUGUUAUAUAUCAAGUCACUAACAGAAAAUGGUCACACUCAAACUGGCUAUACAUAUCAAAACUCAUUGAUAAUGGUUUGCAGUUAUUUUCAAAAACGUAUACCCCAUUCCUAAAACAUUUUUCUAAAUAUUGCACUGUCGUUUAUAUUUGAGAUCAAAUGUAUUUGAAUGUUGAAUUUAUGCUAAUAGCUUA